ACUUGACUCCCCUAUUUUGUCCAUUUGCCAUUGCCAUUUUCGGUUCUUUCCUUCCAAUCUCCCAACCCCACAGAGAAGAGAUUCAGAGAAGAAGAAGGGAGAUUUCUUCAUUGCCACAAGAAAAUGGAAUGUUACGAAAGAAUAGAAAAACCCAAUACUUGCACUGGCCACCUCCAGUUGUCUCCGAGGAAGCUUAGGAGUAUGCUUCUGAGGACACAGAAAAGGAAGAAACCUCAGGCUGGAGAACAGGAGGAGGAGGAAGAAGAAGACCCAGAGCUUGGUAUCUCUUUAAGAUCCGAAUCUGAGAUCCAUGAUUCUGAAGCUGGUUCAGAGAUUUGCAAAGAUGUUGCUGUUGUAAGUGUCCUACAUGAGUGUUCUACAGAGUGGGGAUUUGGUUCAUCAAUGGUUAAAGACAAUAGAUCGAAGGAGCAACCACGCUCCACUUCCAUGUUUAAGUCUCAAGAUAUGAAUUUUGAGUUUCAGAAAGCAGCGGAUAGAGCACAAAGGGUCCCACCAGUUGCACCUUUCUCAAAACCCGCACCAUCAAAAUGGGACGAUGCUCAGAAGUGGAUUGCAAGCCCGACAUCUAACCGCCUAAAAACUCAAUGUGGGUUGGGAUCACGAAAGCCCACCAAACAGGCCUCUGAUGUUUCUGAUAGACGAAUGGUUAUCUCUGAGGAGCCCGCGGAUACUAAGUGCAUCGAUUCGAACCAGUUCAAGGAUAAUGGAGUGCAGAAGUAUGUGAGCUGGGAGUCCGAUUCACACCCGGUUGCUGAAUCGUAUGGAAAGGAGACACUCAUGAUCGAAAACUGUACCAGAGAAUCAGCAAUCAAUUUGAGCAGGCACGACUCGUGUGUUUCCAUCCAUAGCGAAACGGCAUUUGUCCCACUGCCUUCAACAGCCAGGUCUGUGUCAAUGAGAGAUAUGGGCACCGAAAUGACACCAAUCGCAAGCCAAGAGCCUUCCAGGACUGGGACUCCGGUGAGAGCGACAACACCAACUCGCAGUCCAUCUUCUUCUCAUCCAUCCACUCCUCCGUGCUCUUCUCUUCUCUCCCAUUCAAACGAUCCCCAGACUUUUGAAAAGGAAUUGCAGAUGAAGACCAGAAAAGAAAUAAUGGCUCUAGGAACUCAACUUGGGAAGAUGAACAUUGCAGCUUGGGCUAGCAAUGAGGAAGAUGGCCAUAAAAAUGAACCCAAUGUGACAGUAAAUGGCGCUGCAACUGAACAGCCUGAUGGUGUCAUCAUGGCACGCGCAGCAGCUUGGGAGGAGGCAGAGAAUGCAAAACACUUGGCCAGAUUUAAGCGAGAAGAAAUGAAGAUACAAGCAUGGGAGAAUCACCAGAUAGCCAAGGCGGAGGCAGAGAUGAGGAAAACUGAGAUGGAGGUGGAAAGGAUGAAGACAAGAGGCCAAGAUGAACUAAUGAAAAAGCUAUCUUCAGUUAGGAGCAAAGCCGAAGCAAAGAGAUACGCAGCUGAGGCUAAGAUGAGACAACAUGCUUCAAACGCUGAGAAACAGGCCGAGUAUAUACGGCAAACUGGACGUGUGCCCUCUUCUUCUUCUUCCUCCUCCUGUUGCUGCUUCCAUUGGCGAUUUUUCUAAAGUGCGCGCUGCUAUAUACAUUAUCUGCUCAUGCAUUAUAACGUGGCCGGAACAAAAAGGCCAUGUUUAUGGGUAUCGGACGCUACGUUUAGAGGGACAUGCAUUGAUUUUUUUUUUGUUCAAAGGGACAAAAAUUUUAUCACUUUCCUUGUACAUCUUUUGGUUC